AUGCUGCCGGUCACGACAUCGAUACCUGCCGAACAAGAAAGUGGUUCGCCGUACGUGAAGAAUGCAUGGCACGGGUCUCCUGCACGUUACCAGGCGCGGCUGGAGACCGUCUCGCCCACCGCCAGGGAGUGGAACACGACGGAGCACAACACGGUAGUGGACAAAUGGGGACACAUGAUUUGUCAGACAACAUGGAGAGAAGCGACCGUAAUCACAAGAUACCAUCUCACGCUACCUCCACCCUGCCCAGGGCGUCUACGCAGCAGAUUUCGGAAAUGGACGACGGCCUACUUUACAUCUACGAUCACUCUGUGGGACAAUGCCUAUCUAUACCUCUCGGGAGCGUCUCAGUGCACAUUUCUUUGCAUGGAGUUGCACCUUGAUACGAUGCAAUUCGUCAGUCGUCUCUCGCUGUACGGUCAUCCACCUCACGUACUAACACGUUUCAUCAAAGCUGCCAUCACGAACGGGACCGAGAAUCAUCAUAACUUGGUAUUCGACGUGCUGCUACGACGGCGAUGCGUCAUCUACAAUGACAUGAACGGCAUUGACGGCAGCUAUAGCUCCAUCAAGAUGGUGUAUGAACUUCGUCGGCAGCCUUUUAGAGGAAUCUAUAUCACUAUUCAGUUGCUGCAGACGUACCUGAUCCGCAUGCCAAUAUGGGCUCUCCUGUCGCUUCCUAAGUUCCUCCGUCCGAGACCAUCAUGGUCCGUGUUCAAGACCUUCAUCACCAACUACGCUCGGGUUUGGUCAGACAUUGGACCCAUUGCUGCAAGAGUAGGGCCCUCUGAAAAAUGGCCUGAUUAUCGCGCUAUACCUGACACGCCAGGCAUCAAAAGCAUCUGGCUUGAACCCACUCCCCAGCUCCUUAUUGGAGAUGUUGCUCGUUGGGCAGAGGAGGCCGACGUCCGCCCUACUCGUAUCCCAGGCUACUGGUACGAUAAGGAGGGCACAGACACGCCGGUCGGUGCACCGCCUGAAGCAGGCGAGAAGGUCAUUCUCUAUCUCCACGGCGGAUGUUUCAUAGCGCAGUCCGCACACCCUGAUAACAUGAUGGGUCAUUGCUUACGUGAGGUCCUCCGUCAUUCCCCCGCCAAGCGCGGCUUCGCUGUCGAACAUCGCCUUGUCGGCCUCGCGCCCUAUACGAACCCAUUCCCAGCAGCGCUUCUGGAUAACCUUGCUGGCUACCAUUAUCUUGUCGACAUUGUCGGCUACGCACCUGACAACAUCAUCUUCCUCGGCGACUCCGCAGGCGGCGCCCAUGUUCUGGCAUUGGCACGCUAUAUCGUGGACAACAUCACCGAGCUUUCCACGCUCAUGAGGCUUCCGCAGACGCCCCCCUCCAAUUCGAUGAUCCUGCUCUCCCCCUGGUGUGACCUCGGCACAUCGCACGAGACACCCGGUUCUUCCGCGCUCACGUUCACCUUCGAUUUCCUCCCGGAUUUGCGUAGCGGGCUCAUGAGAGCUGCCCGACUUGGCUAUGCCCACGCUUUCCCGCCCGGCGCUGCCGAGACGAAUCCGUACAUAUCCCCCGCAUCACGCCACCCAGAUUGUCAUGCAUCUUUCAAAGGCUUCCCGAGGACAUUUAUCGAUGUCGGCGGCGCCGAGCGGUUCCGGGAUAUGGGCUAUACCUUAGCGGACAAGAUGAGGAAAGACCUAGGUGCAGAGAAUGUGGUUUUCAGGGAAGGGACAGAUGCGGUGCAUUGCUAUAUACACUCUCCCCUUGAGACGGAAGAGGCUGCAAAGAUGCUGAAGGCCGUGGAAGCAUUCCUAGAGUAG